AUGUCGCUAAAAAUAUUUUUAAUUUUAAGUCUUUGGAUCUGCUGGCAAGGGAGAUGCUCAACUAAAACAGUUUAUAAAUUCACAUAUGCGGAGUGCUGUACCUACACAAAUAUCGCUACAAACGUUACUUGUUUGAUUAAGGCCAUUAAUUGGAGUAAAGCCAUUGCUAAAAUAGAUAUGUAUCUGAUUCGACCUUUGAAAAAUAUAUCUAUUCAUUUUAAGCUCUUCAAAAAGGAUUACGCGAAUCAAUAUAAACCAUUUUUAAUAGAUGUUCGAUUUAAUCUGUGUGAUAUAAUUUCAAAACGAAAUUAUUUAGUUUAUGGCACAAUAGUUUGGAAAACAAUGCAACGGUUCACAAAUGUGAAUCACUCUUGUCCAUUAAUAGGUCAUCUAUAUGCAAGAAACAUGUACCUUGACGAUAUCUACUUACCAAGUUUUCCCUUGGGCUUUUAUAAAAUACUAUUUAACGUUAAUGAUGUCAAUCGCGAUCAGAUUGAGGAUCAUGGCUCGAUUGCUCUUUUCUUUGAAGCUAUGGAAGAACGUCGAUCGAAAACAAAGAAAGGCCAAAUAUCAAAUAUUUAUUACAUGUUAAGUGAAGAGCAGAAAUUUUAA